CUGGAUAUAUUUUGAAAACAAAGGCCAAAGCGGAAGCACUGGCUGUAUGUAGAGAGAGAAUAGAUCUACACCUGAUCAGAUUGUUGACCUCAAGUAAAUCUUCAAUAGUUUGAGGCGCGAGAAGCUUCUUUCACCAGAUUACACAAUUACAGAGUUCGUGCUACAACUCCAUCACUAUGGACAAGGCACAGAAAGAUAUCAUUACUGCUAACCGGGUGGAGUUAGUGGAGAAUAUCACUGUUAAGGAUGGAUUGUAUUCUCAACUUUUACAAAAAAAAGUAUUGAGUCAAAGGUCUAUUAAUAGGAUAAAGGGCUCAGGUGUUGAUGAACAACAAGUGGAAGAACUUUUAAAUGAGCUCAUGAAGAGAGAUUGCUUUGAACUUUUCUGUCAAGCGCUCAUAGAUGACACUCAAGUGGAUGUGGUUAAAAAAUACCUAAAGCCACCAGCAUCACAAACAGUAUUUACACCUACACCUGCUGCUUCAGAACCUUCACCCAUACAAACCACCAAUCAACAACUGGUUGGAUCACUACAACCACCCACAAACCAGCAACCUACUGGGCCACAGCAACCGUCCUCAGUUAUCACAAACAAACAGCUGACUCCGUCCUUUAUGAAUACUAAUGAAAAUGCAUCAUUACCUCUGCAGCCAUCCAUGGUGUCCACAGACUGUGCCUCUGGCAUGAAAAGAGCAAAUCCAUCUCCUCCUCAGUCUGCCACGAUAUGCAUUAGAGAAAGUGACAACGAACACUUAAUUGUUCAGUAUGUUCCCCCAUGCAAGGCUGCAAGACAGGAAGAGCCUUCGCAAUUGAACAAUGUCCAAGGAGAAGUUCCAGAAACUUUUGAAGAUGAUGAAACUAGGUAUCAUCUGAAACAUUUUAUUGCUGACAAACCCAUUCCUAUUUCACCAUAUAUUAUGAACAAUCCCCAAAUACUAUCAAAUCCAAAUAUCAUAGACCCUCAACGCUACAUUACAGCCUUCCUUCCUCCAGCGGGGAGACUUCAAGGUGUAGAGCAUCUUGCAGCACGUUUCCUUUCUCUGCCCACAAACUCAGUUACUGUUAUACCUGAGGGCAGAAAUAUGAUGGACACUCAGAGCAUUCGUAAACUACUUCAGCCACAAAAUCCUCUUUUACAAACUCAAAUAAUCAAUAAUAAAGAAAGUUCUUUUAAAAGGAUAGAUCAAGAAUCAUUCCCAAGAUUCAAUGUGACUGUAGGUCAGCUGGGUGUGCUGUCAGCAUCAAAAACAACUGUUCAAGAAACUCUUGGUCCAGGCUUCAACACUGAUGAUGCUGUUGAUAAUAUAUCCAUGUAUUCCAUUUCAACUCCAACUUUGUCCACUAAAUUAUCUGAGCAACCCAGAUUAAACGAUAAAACAGACAUUACCAGAGUCAUGACUGAAUUCAAUGAAGACAAGUUUCACUUGCCUGCAAGCUUUGAAGAAGAUAUGAGCUCAAUGGAUUUGCCAGAUGGUUGUGUUAAUGUUAAAGUUGAAGCUACUUCCAAACAGUUUUUUCUUCAAAAUUUUAAAAAGUCCUACCCUAUGAAACAAAUUCCAAGAGGCUUAGCAUUAAUUAUCAAUGUUGAUGAAGUGGAAGGGAAGCCACCUAGAAAAGGAACAAAUUUUGAUAGAGACAACCUGUGCAGUCUGCUCACUCAGUUGCACUUCAAUAUUAUGUGUUACAAUGAUCAAGAUGGAUUGACAGCAUUGGACAUUGUGAACAAACUAAAAACAUUCUCCAGACUGAAGGACCAUGAGACAUCUGAUGCCUGCUUCAUUUGCCUGCUGAGUCAUGGGGAAGAGGGAUACAUCUUUGGAACAGAUGGCAAACGUAUACCUCUAGAAGAAAUUUUCAUGCUGUUUGGAAAUACUAAUUGCAAGGGACUCAUUGGGAAACCCAAGAUCUUCAUCAUUCAAGCUUGUCGAGGAGGCUACUUAGAUAAAGGUGUUUUACUGGAUGAACCUGAUGGAGGACCUGUCACAUCCAGAGAUGGCACCCAGCUCCCUUCAAUGUCAGACAUGCUCAUCUGUUACCCAACACAAACUGGGUACUAUGCAUGGCGUAACAGAGCCAGAGGUUCUUGGUAUAUAGAAGCUAUAGUCCAAGUGUUCAUGAGGUUUGCCAAGAAUGAAGACAUCUGUGCAAUGCUUAACAGGGUGAACUAUCUAGUAUCUAGAAAGGUGUCUGAGUGUAAUCAGAAAGAAAUGAACAGCAUGUCACAAAUGUCAGAGUAUAAGAGCACUCUGCGGCGACCUCACCUGUUCUUCUUUCCAGGUAUAGGUGUCAACAUCUAACUUAGAAAACUUCAAAGACGUUGCAGUAGUGACCAGGCAUAGGUGUCAACAUCUAACUUAGAAGACAUUGCAGUAGUGAAAGUAUGACCUCACCCGUUCUUUUUUCCAAGCAUAGGUGUCAACAUCUAACUUAGAAAACUUAGAAGAUGUUGCAGUAGUGACCAGGCAUAGGUGUCAAUAUCUGACUUAGAAGACCUUGCAGUAGUGAAGAGAACAAAGACUCUGUUAAAGUUGGUGAGACACUUUUUAAUUUUAGCACUAGAUCUGAACCAGUACCUUACAUUUUUAAUUUAGGGAUCUGAUACAAUUUUGUAAUUGUAUACCAGCUUUUCUAAUUGUGCACAUAUAUUUGUGUUUGCUUGCCCAUUGUAAACCUUUUACAAACAUCGACAGUGGAUAAGAAAAUAUAUACCCACAUCUUGGACACUUUCUGUUUAAAUUAUCAAUGUAUUUUAAAUCCACAGUCUGUGUUGAUUAUAAAAUGUUUGAAUGUAUUCUCUUCUUCUUUUAUUCUUUCAAAUAAAUUUUUAUAAAUUUAAUUGUGAUAUUUAAAAAUGUGAAGAUUUUUGCAGCUUUGACAUUGUAUUUUUUAAUGUUACAUUAAACCCAACUGCUGUUGUUGUGUCUACUGCUGAUAGUUCUGAACGAAUAUUUCUAUUAUUGGACUAGUUGCUAUAUAGAUGCAAAUAAGAAAUUCUUGUAACUAUAAUUUUUCAUAAAUUUUUGUUUAGUUUUGUUAGAAGCUUGGUUUCUAAAUAAAAUCAGCAGAACAUUAUUUAUUAACAUCUAUUGUGUAAUAAAAGAUUUUAUUUUUAGACUUAAACAUUUAUAAUGUAACACAGUGCUGAAUUGAAAGAUAGUGGAAUGCAGGUUCAGCAAUGUAUGGCCAUUCAAAUCAAAUCUUUUUUUUUUCAGAAGAGUUGUUUAUAGACUUAUCAAAUAGUCAGACAGACAACAUGAAGAGAUUCUGUUUGUGUCUGUAGUGGUCAAUGAAUUCAGAUUAGCAGACAAAAAAUUAUUUUAAAGGUUAAUAAAACUUUGCAUUUUAAGACCUGAACUAAUGUGAAAGAUGUGAACUGAAUGUGUUUCUUCUUCAACUUUGUCCUUCUAAUAAAACAAUUAUAGUUCAGACUAAGUCCACAUUUUAAUAGUUUGUUUAGUUAUUACAGUUCAGCAUUUUUGUUGUUUUUUUAUCUUAUCAACAUUAUCCACAUAAAUGUUUUUAUUUUUUGUGUAUUUUUUAUACUUUUUCUACUUUUAAAAUUUGUGUUGAUUGUUUGACUAUUUGUUAACCUUUAGAAAUGAAAAACCACUUCUUAUUCAAAUUUUUUAUUUCACAAAUCUGGAAGAAUGUACUCACUGACUAGACACAUUCACCUCAAAUCUUCUGAAAGCUACAGGCAAGAUUCUCAAAGGUUUGAUUAGCUCUUGGUUCUGGUCUACAGAAUGCACAGUGUUCACUUGUGUGUGUAUUGUAACUCUCCCAAUUCAAUUGAGGUCACCUUGUUACUUUUUUUGACCCGUCUAGCAUGAAGUCCACUUAUUAGGUCUGAAGCAAACUAUAACUGUUGUCUCCAUAUUUUGACAUAGUCCACAUAGGUUAGCCAUGUCUUAUAGCUCUAUAUUUUCUAUUGUAAUAGUCCACAUAGUGUAGUCAUGUCUUAUAGCUCUAUAUUUUCUAUUGUAAUAGUCCACAUAGUGUAGUCAUGUCUUAUAGCUCUAUAUUUUCUAUUGUAAUAGUCCACAUAGUGUAGCCAUGUCUUAUAGCUCUAUAUUUUCUAUUGUAAUAGUCCACAUAGUGUAGUCAUGUCUUAUAGCUCUAUAUUUUCUAUUGUAAUAGUCCACAUAGUGUAGUCAUGUCUUAUAGCUCUAUAUUUUCUAUUGUAAUAGUCCACAUAGUGUAGUCAUGUCUUAUAGCUCUAUAUUUUCUAUUGUAAUAGUCCACAUAGUGUAGUCAUGUCUUAUAGCUCUAUAUUUUCUAUUGUAAUAGUCCACAUAGUGUAGCCAUGUCUUAUAGCUCUAUAUUUUCUAUUGUAAUAGUCCACAUAGUGUAGCCAUGUCUUAUAGCUCUAUAUUUUCUAUUGUAAUAGUCCACAUAGUGUAGUCAUGUCUUAUAGCUCUAUAUUUUCUAUUGUAAUAGUCCACAUAGUGUAGUCAUGUCUUAUAGCUCUAUAUUUUCUAUUGUAAUAGUCCACAUAGUGUAGUCAUGUCUUAUAGCUCUAUAUUUUCUAUUGUAAUAGUCCACAUAGUGUAGCCAUGUCUUAUAGCUCUAUAUUUUCUAUUGAGACAAACAUCUAUAAAAAAGCUAACAAGAUCCUCGAAAUAAAGAAUCACCCUUUGUGUCAGGAUUUUGUGAUUUUACCAUCACAAAAGAGAUUGUAAUAGUCCACAUAGUGUAGCCAUUCUUCUAAUCAUGUGGACAUUCUUUGAGUAGACUUUAGUGCAGUCAUUCUUCUAAUCAUGUGGACAUUCUUUGAGUAGACUUUAGUGCAGUCAUUCUUCUAAUCAUGUGGACAUUCUUUGAGUAGACUUUAGUGCAGUCAUUCUUCUAAUCAUGUAGACAUUCUUUGAGUAGACUUUAGUGCAGUCAUUCUUCUAAUCAUGUAGACAUUCUUUGAGUAGACUUUAGUGCAGUCAUUCUUCUAAUCAUGUAGACAUUCUUUGAAUUGACUUUAGUGUAGUCAUUCUUCUAAUCAUGUAGACAUUCUUUGAAUUGACUUUAGUGUAGCCAUUAUAUUAAAGAAAAAGUCAUCAUGUAGGACAGAGUAUGAACUGUUCUAGGAUUCAGGCUUGUCCAAUGAAUGGUCGCAAUAUUCAAGCUUGUACAUUGAACUGUUGUAGAAUUCAGACAUGUUGCAGUUGACAACUUUGAGAAACACAUUCCACUUUGAACUUUUGGCUUUUAUAAAUUAUGCUUGUUCUGUCUUAGCUACUCAUAUAUAUAUAUAUAUAGCCCAGUGCACUACUAUACCUGACUAGUAGCUAGUGCCACUUUCUCCAGAACAAUAUCAUCUUUUCAGUGUGUUCAUUUUACUUACAUAAUAUACACCAUGAUGUACAUUUUAUGUUUGUUUUAGUUAAUGAUCUGAUUUUAUAUCUUUCACUAAGUGAAUGACAUUAUAUUUUAUAUAUACAUAGUUAUCUCAAUGGUUUUUUUAAAUCAUAUAUUUAAUCAUUAAUUAAUUUAAUCCAUUGUGUUGUGUAACUCAAAGAAUUGUUUCUUCUAGAGGUUUUUGAAAACUAUUUCAAUGGGAAGAUGAACUUGUUCAUGUGUUAAAAUGGUUUUUGUUUGUUAGUAUAUUUAACAUGUAACAUUUGUUUGUUUGUUUUUUUGCAAGAUAUUCCAUUGAAUAAGAUGACAGUUCAGUAUUAUAGAUUUAUAUUUCUAGAGAGUUUUCUAAUCAGCCCAAAUAAAAAGCUAAACAAUAGAUCAUGUUGUUGUUUUUGUAGGUUACUAAAAAUGUUUCAGUGUACUCGACCUUGAUACUUUUGUUUUCUUGGUACAAUGUUGAUUUUUUAAAAAAUUCAUGUCUUUGAUUUUGUAUAUUAAUUUGUAUUAUUUGUUUUUCAAAUGCCACUUCUGACCCAUUUUGUUCUAUGUCUGUAUUUAGACAGAAGAACCAUGUAGUCUAUUCAAAGACUUUUUGAUUUUAAAACACAAUGAAAUCCAAUGGAAGAUGUAGUUUUGUGUGUAGCACCUCGCCAUGUUGGGUUCACAUGUGGACUAGAAAUCAAUAGAUUCCAACCCAGCACAAAUGUUAGAAUUACCUGUAAGCACCUGGUUAUUGAUUGACUCUUCCAGAACUGCUUAAUAACCCCAUUCCCAAUAGAUCUAAUUGCUUCCUUUUUCUGCUCAACCUACAAUCCCAGGAAUACAGAAAGACAUUUCACUUUUAGAUAUUGACAGAAUUUUUGUUAAACCAAACAAGUUUUUUUGGGGGAAAAAAUUGUGUUUCUUGUAAAAAUUUUGGGAGGGGAAGGGGGAGGACUGUUCAAUUUCAGCACAAUUUUUGUUUGUUUAGUUUGAACAUAAACUUGACCAGCUACUAAAGCUACAAAAAAGUGUCUAGCUAGUGUGAUCAGCUACUAAUGCUAAAAGGAAGUUUCUAGACCAGAAUUUCUUCCUUGGUUGUAUAACAUGGUCCUUGUGUUGUGUUCUAAUUAAUAUAAGCUAAUGCAAAGAGGGUUUUUAGCCUCUGUUGCCUUGAUGGUAAGACUCUAGCCAGUGCUAAAUUAGCAUCCAUUAAUGCUUUUUAAUAAGAUAACACUAAAAUCUUGUUGGUGAUUUUACAAGGAAUGUAUUAAUUAAACUGUUUGAUUCAUUGCUCAAUGUGGUCAUACUGCUGCUAUAGUAGCAUUAUCUUACUGCUGUAUAGUGGGAUAUUUUGUCUGGCACAUGGUUAUUAUUUGAAUGACUCUUGCCUGUCAGUCUGAAUUCUUUGAAAAUAUCUGAAUCAAGUCAAUCAGUACGGUACUUACAUAUAUGUUGCAAAGAUCAAAUGGAUUGUAAAAAAAGUUUUUGCUGGAGGUGAUAAGAUCUACAUUUCAACAAGAAAGUUUGGUUGUUUUCUUUGCAUCACUGAAGUCCAAAGUAUCUUUACAUUCUUCCCCACUCAAUGCAAGAAGAAACGCACACACAUGUACAGUAAUCACACAUACAUGUGCACAAUAUGUCAAAAAUACUUACACACAAUCACAUACCUAAAUUCAAUAAAACAUUCACACACACACACACACACCAGUAGUACAUUCACACACUGACAGGUAUUUCCUCAUACACUUAAAAAGCAUUGAUUGUCUGCUGCUCCUUGGUGACAUGAAGAACAAAACAAAAUCAACUGACAGCAAUUAUCUCUUGUACCAGAACUGAAUCCAUUAGACUCAUCCAGUUAUGACAAGUGGGUAGGACUCAUCUACCUAAUCUCUAGGUUAUGUAAAUGUCAACAGAUAUCAAUGUACACUUGUCUCUUUCUUGACUGUAGAAAGGAAGGGAAUCUGCUGCAGUCACAGGAACCUAGCAAAUAUCAGCUGAAGAGAAAGUGUUACUGUAACACUUAUAAGAAUUUCUUUCUUAUUAGAUAGUAAACAUUAUGUAGAUCUGUAACAUUGGCUCUUGUACUUGUUUGAUAUAAUACUUGGUAUAAUCUAAGAUACUUUUUUGUUAAUGUUUCUAUCAAUAACAUGGCACUAUAUUACAGGAACUGUGUUUGAUAUUGUACACAAGUAUUGCUAUUUCAGAGUCCAUCCAAUAAUUACCAAAUAUUCACUUGAUAAAUGUAGAAGACAAUAAAUCUUUAUGUUUUGUUUGAAUGUGUGUUUUUUGCAGUUGACAAUUUCAUCCAUUAACUCAUUGUUUAACAUGAUUUUUGAUUUGGUUAGACAGUGUGAAUGUGUGACCCAAUGCAAUACAUUGAAUUGCUGUGUGUGUUUCACUAGUGACAUUCUUGCCAUAAACUUCCAGUGGAAGCUAUAAAAGUAUAUAUUUUUGUAUUUUACAUGUUUAAAAUGUCAACAGACUUCAUUAGAAUCAAAAUUUAAAAAGCUUUGUGGUCAAUCCUUCACUUGGCCUUGACCAGCAUGAAAUAGAAAAAAAAAAACACUUCUUCUUAAUGUAAUGUUUUUCACAGACCUAUAUAUAUGUACCUAAAUGGACACACCCGAAAGACAAGGUGACAUCAUCUUGGUUGUUAUCCGAAAGGCAAUAAGCUUUCAUAGAAUUGCGUGAAUAUAUAUAGUUUUGUGAUUAGUAGCCUUUUCUCUUUAAAAUCCGCAAAAUGGUAUUGUUUUAUUUCUAAACUUUGAAAACUAAAGAUCAUUACUUUUCUGAGACAGAAGAGCGAUUUCCUGGAUUCAUACGGCGAAUGCCCAUGCAGCUUGAAAAAGAGUUAUAUAUGUACGUAACGAUUUGACACAAUUUAGCUGUGAUUCCAAUGUAGAUACACUAUAUAUAGGUCAGUGUUUUCUUUUAAAUUCUUGUUUGAAAUUGUUGCUUUGAUUUUAGGAAUGGUAUCAGGGUAUCUAUGUAUUGUAUUGAGCAUAGAGUCAACAUCAAAUGUAACACACACUCCUCCCUUUAUUAUCUACAUUAAUCUGACUGAUUUCGUAAAAGGAUAUGACUGAUGUUUUAAAAACAUAUGACUGAAUAGUGUCUUAUGUAUUGCAAGUCAAGUUUUAACCAAUCGUUCAUCUGACAUAAAUGUUAUUAAAAGUGUUACUGCUCAAAACGUCCAAGUUUUAUCCUGUUUCAAAUGUGAACACACAAUCAAACGAAUAUUUGUAUUGAAACACAAUGUUGAGGGAUAACAUUCCUGUCCGAGUAAUGAUGACAUUCCUUUUGUUGUUGUAUGUAUUCGUUUCUAAAUAGAGUUGUUUUUGGUUCGGAUUUGUUGACUGAAAUAUUCCAUUGGGUUGAUUCUAGAAAUAAAAAAUCACCCUUUGGGUCAAGACACCGAUAGCAAAGACAAACAGACACAAACACUCUUUUGUUCCACUAGCAAUCAAAUCAUUAAAUAGAAACAAUCUGAUAUAAACUUUUCACAUGUAAAUUAUGAGUGAGUCUUGUGUGAAUGUACAUUUUGUUUUUUUAUAGUUAUAAUGUUUUGUCUGGUGUAAUGCACAAAUUGUAAGACAAAUUUCCUUAAGGACAAUAAAGAUUAUUAUUAUUAUUA